GCCCAAGGAAGAAUACAGGAUGCCGCAGAUACCUAUGGAAGGCAUCUCGACUGUGAAGAGAGAUUACGUAGCUCAUGAAGUGUUCCCACCGAAAUUCAAACCACCUGAAAAGAUUGUCAAGAGUGAUGAGAGUAUGGAUUUGACCUCCACGUAUAGACAAGAUUAUAACCCCUACCCUAUCUGUCAAGUACCUCCAUGUCUCCCCCGUGAGACCAGAAACACCAACAAUCACAAGAUGGACACAUGGACAACUUACAAAGGUGACUAUGUGCUAUGGAAAGAACCAAAGAGAGAGAUGAUCAGACCGGAUGAUACUUAUCACCCAUCAGAAGAAAAAUUUGACUGCAGAACCAGUGUCCAGGAUGACUACCUCUAUAGGGGGCCAGUUGCCACUAAUAGCUGCAAACCUGUGAAUCUGGCCCAGAAAAGCAAGGAUCCCUUUGAGACUAUAACAAAUUAUAAAGUGGAUUAUGUACUACAUCCUUUGGAGAAGCCCUACGUCCAUAAACAUGAGAAAUACAAGGCCAGUGAGGCCCCAUUUGAUGGCCUCACUACCCACAAGUUAUCUUACAAGGGGCUGGCUGGCCAGCCAGCCCAGCUGGCAAAACCAGACCAGCCAAAGCCUCAUCAUGAUCUUCCAUUUUCAUCUACAACAGAGUUCCAGGAAAAAUACCGAACUUGGCCACUGCCUCCAUUAUUCACCAAAAAACCUGCUGUAUAUGUUCCUCCUGUGGAGAAAAUGGACCUCCACACCACUACUCAGUUACAUUACAUGCAUCCAAAUGGCCAGCCGGCCAGGAUGUGUCGGUCUUUGGUCCAAUUUAAAAAAAGUACUGAACCAUUUAAUAGCUCUUCUACAAUGAAGGAAGACUAUAAGCCCUGGCAGUGCAAGCGAACAAAACCUAUCAUUCCUGUUCCUGAGCUGAGUUGCCCAGCAGAACCGAUAGAUUACUCAACUACCUUUCAGACCUACUACACACCUCAUCCACUCUCUAUCACGAAGAGCUGCAAGCCUCGCUGGCCAGGACCAAGGUCUUGGACGCCACUAGAGGCCAAAACCACCUAUGCUACCAGUUACACACCAAAGGGCACUGCUAGAUGCCUGGCUUCAUACAAAGAGCCACCAGGUUACAUGUUUAAGGGAACUGAUGACAUUGGUCACAAAUUGUUUCUACCCGUUUUCAAGGGUGAAUGCUCAGCAGACGGACGUUGAAGAAGAAAGAGAGUGGAAGCAGCCUUCUUGGGAAGGGAUCCAAA